AACCACAGCCUCGAACGCCUCAUCUCCUCCACCAGAGCCAGAGAACCAGUGAGAGGGAGAGUAGAAGUGACAGGGGAACAGCAGCAGCAUCCCUGACAAGCAUCUCCCUCACUCGAGACGGGAGGGAGAAAGAGGGAGGUGGGGAGAGAAAAAGUGGACGGAGUGCAAAGUAAAAAGGAGAGAGGGGGAGAGAAAGAGAGCAAACCAGUGAGGGAAAUAAGUUUUCAGUUGGAGGGAGGACAAGCGAGGGAGAGUUUGGAGGACGGAGAGGGGUGUUCUGGAGCUUCAUCUUCCCUUUUCUUUUUUCGUCUGUGAACACCGCCUGCCACCUCUCUUCUCCUCCUCCUCCUAUUCCUGCUCUUCCUCCUCCUCCUCCUCCUCGCUCCUCUUCUUCUUUUCCCAAAUCUCCUCUCCCAGCUCCCGCCGUGGGGUCUCAGCUCUCCAUCUCCCUCCCCCCCUCCCUCGCUCCCUACCUCCCCCGGGCGCUGCUGCGAGCCUCCGGGCUGCUGCGCCGCAGGAGGAUGUCUCGCAGGGAGUCACCGCCGCCCUCGCCACCCCCGCAGCUGCUGGGAGUGCGAAGCGGAGAGGUGGAGCGCGAGGAUCGUCCGGAGCGCGCCGAGCCGCUGUCCGACGCCGAGAGGGAGAUCAUCCAGGACACGUGGGGGCACGUCUACAAGAACUGCGAGGACGUGGGGGUGACUGUGCUCAUAAGGUUCUUCAUCAACUUUCCAUCUGCCAAGCAGUACUUCAGCCAGUUCCAGGAAAUGGAGGAUCCAGAGGAGAUGGAGCGAAGCAGCCAACUUCGACAACACGCCCGCAGGGUGAUGAACGCCAUCAACACUGUGGUGGAGAAUCUGCAUGACCCGGAGAAGGUGUCGUCAGUGUUGGCUCUUGUGGGAACGGCUCAUGCCAUCAAACACAAGGUGGAACCCAUGUACUUUAAGAUCCUGAGCGGUGUGCUGCUGGAGGUGUUGUCUGAAGAUUUCCCAGAGUUCUUCCCGACAGAGGUGCAGAUGGUGUGGACCAAACUGUUGGGGGCGGUGUACUGGCAUGUGACGGGGGCUUACACUGACGUGGGCUGGCUCCAGGUCUCCAGCUCAGCGGUGUGAAGAUUUUGGAAGAAGAGGGGGUAAAGGAGUUUCAAUUGCAAGCAGCUCUGUGAGGAUGGUUUCACGAUCAUGGAUGAGAUUAACGUGGUAAUCCGUGCUACUCUGUGCUUAAUUUUGGUGACAUUUUGGGUGCUACGCCUUCAUUGUUGUGGUGUUUCAACAUCAUACUUCCGAGAGAUCAUUUUGGACACCAAACAAUGUAGCCAGAUGACAUUUCCAUUUCUUCUAACAGAGUUUAAGACAGUGUAAAUGGUACUUUGGUCUGUGUUUUUAUCCAUUGAGGCUGUCACUGCUUAUAACUAUUCAGUUCUUCUGUUUAUUUCAGCAAACGGCUUUUACUGCCAAAAUGCAACACAAAUCAUAACCUUCACUGAGCCCCUUUCCCUCAGUUACUGUUGCUAGGCCUGCUAAACUAACCAAACUAGCCGCAUGUACAUUUUACCAACGAAAUGGUGUUAAAUUUACCAAUCCCAAUUUUGUUUGAUUUUGAAACAAUGACUCCUUGAUUUCAUACAGAGGUAGAGUUCCCAUUUCAAGCCCAACAACUGUAAUAAGUGUGUUUAUCAACUAUCACUAGCUUCAAAAGUAAUGUCGGCUAGCUACGUAAUUUAUUUUAUGAUGAUCAAUCAGGCUACUAUUCACAGCAUAUCAUGCUAAAAGGCUAAAGCGACAUCACAGGUAAAAUACAACACAUGGAGAUGACGGAGGAGCAUUGUUUUCGUGGCGUAGCUAUAUACAAUAGUUGUAUUAUUAUGGUACGAUAUGAUAAUUAAAAUGUGAAGAAAAAUACUGUGUUAUAGUUUGUUUGACGAAAAAAUAAACAGCGCCCUCCCAACUGAAUUUCUCUCGCUACAGCUUCCUGCAGAUCAAGGUGGAGAAAGUGCGUUGCUACAGAUGAGCUAACGCUAUGUUGGGCCAACAGGGUUUUAGUGUAAAUCUGAGGCUGGCAGACAUUUAUUUAUACAAAAAAUGUUGCAGAUUAUUACUUUAGAGUGUGAGAAGCCUCGUCAGGUGAAACUAAGAAUGCACCUCAUGAUAUUUUUUCAGAAAAAAAGUGUUUUGGACAGGAAGUGACUUUUAAGCCCUGAGAUGGGGCCGUUAGCUGAUGAAGCCCCAGCUAUGGGACCAUGGAGCUGCUGACUGUUAAUAGAUUAUCUUUGUGUCCUACGACAGUAUAUCCUCAUGUUUAGGGCCUGUGCCCCUUUCUCUUUCUCUCUAUUGAUGCAUUGUGUGCUCUUAAUGUCUUGUUUAGCUUUACCGAGCUGUUUGUAUAUUGUACAGUGGGCAAGUGUGCGUACUCUCGUCUGCCUUCGUUUACAACUUAUUGGCACGUCGGUCUGCCGACGUGUAAAAGGAGGACUGUUUUCUUCUUUGCUAAACGUCUAGCAACGACGCUCUACGGUUUUUCUCGCCUAUCACUUUCAUGACGCAAACGCAACGGAAAAAAUAUAUAUAUCAGCAGGUGGACAAAAUCAGCGAGCGCACAUGUUCACAUUCACACACGCAUGCAUGCUAUAAGACCUCCUCUCUGCUAAUAUUUACAGGACUGUCGGUUGGUUUACAUCUUCUAAACCCCAUCAGGGAGACGCAAGGCAUUAGAGGCUCCAUUAAAGGCUUUAGAAAGUCACUCUGGAGUCCUACGGAAAACAUGACAGCUUAAGAAGUGCAAUCAGUCCUUUUCCUUAGAUCUCUGAUACAUCUAACAAAAAGAAAUAACGUCCAAAUAAAUUAAAUGCAUUGCACACAUUGUGCUGGCUUUGCUCCAACUAUCAUAAACAGGACGCUUUCUUCGUGUCGGACGCGGGGAAUUUUGGAAGCACUCACAGUUUCUCUCGAAACUCACAUCCUAUUCAGACAUCCGCCCCUCAAACCUGCUGCAUAGUGUCAAACUAUCUGCGACGUAUAAAACAUUGUCCUCUUGUCAGCGGCGUUUCAGCAAGCAGUGUGUUGGGACUGCAUGCACUCGGCUGUCUGUCCCCAUCUGCGAGUCCCUCUCUGGUCAAUUCCCAAACAUGCACGGUAAAUCUGUUUAGGAUGGAUAUUUGAUCCAAUCUUUAGUUUGCAUCUGCUCCAGUGACGUCCUGUACCUCCUAUCUGACCCCCCUUGGCAUCGGCAUCUGGCAUUAAUGAGGACGUAAUGAGUCUCUCCUCCUCAUUUGGUCAUUCAUUUACCGUGACUUCCCAUUGCCUCUGUUAAGAGCCGAGUCAUUGAGACCAAAAGCAAUUAUGACUGGACAGAUGGGUUUAAGCUCCACCACACCUUUCACAAUAGUUCUAAAAAUGUCUUUCGGUCACUUCAAACAUUGAUACAAUGUUUAGAGACCUACUGACCGUAUUAAUUGCACAGUAUGCCUUACCUUGACCAGUCGUUUCCAAACCUUUCCCAUCAUGCUUCCACUUUGAACACAAAAUACUUCACAUUUGUGAUUGUAUUGGACUUAAAAGCCAGUCUACCUUGUUCGGUACCAUUGAUUUUCAUUAUAGUUCCACUAAAUCCACAUCUGGUUUUAGAAGGCAGAGUAUCUUGUUAUCUUGGUAUUAGAGUGAGACAAGUAUAUAAACCAAUGCUGGGGCAACAAGAUAAUUUGACUUACUUACUCAUGAUAAAAGGAUUAAACAAGACUGUGUGUAAACAUUAAAAACAAGUUUAGUAAGAGCUCUUAUUAAAACGCUUCCUUUUCAAGCUCAACUGGAGAGUCGUACGCCAACACACGGACGGCUUACUGUGAUUCCUGUGUUUGUCUGACAAGAGUCAAACAAACCUCAACGUAAGCUUCCACUUUGACUCAAAUAGCUCACGAGGGAGUAAACACACACCGGUCCUAUUCUUUGCUUCUCUUCUGACGUCGGCGUCCCUCCGAGGUCAGACCGCCAGCAGCUUGAAGGUUCAGAAGUAUUUCGGUUCGCCCGACAUUUUGUUUAUUGAACACUUUGUGGUGUGAAACACACACACGACCGAGAUGAGCUGUUGCUCUUUCUAAGCUAAAGGAUUUGUGCUCCUCUUCAAGCAGCCCCCCAUGAACACACACACACACGUAUCUAUAUGUGCAGACACAUCCCAAUUAAGCUCACACGCUUUCUUCACUUUUCACACACACGCACAGUAUUGCAUUUAAUGGGCGAGUUGGGUAUGUCCUUGCAUGCCAAAUGUACUGCAGACGCACUUAAUCCAAUCUAUAUUUUCAAUCGUUUUGUGCUCAAUAAAUAAUUAAAUAGGCUCAUUCUCAAAUAAGGGCGUCACAGCAUAUGUGGAACUUUGUGGUUUUUGUUGUGCAAUGUUUCUGUCCAUCAGUUGAAAAGUUAGGACUUUAUAUUUUUCUAAAUAUAUAUCUAUGAGAAGGACUCUAUGUAUUUGAAUACUCUAUAUGAAUAUGUCAUUGUGUACUGCGUUGCUGGUGUGAGCGGGUGCAGAGGCUUUGUAGUGUUUUGAGCAUGUUUGCACAGCCAACCACAGACUUGUACCUCUGCAGACCUGGUGAAAAUGAUCACGACCGUCAAUAAAAUAUACUGGUAAAGUUC